AUUUAUUUUGUUUAUUUUAAUGGAUACACCAAAUAUUCAAGCAGCUGGAGCCAGACCCAAUAAGUAAACCUUUGAUUAAGCUCCUUCAACUAGACAAGUAAUGCAAAACAAAUCAGAUAUUUUUGGAGUCAACUCUCCUGCUCCUGCUCCACAAGCAUCAAGAUAAAGUGCAAGGCCCAAAACCGAUAUUUUUAGUAACGAAUGUUAAGCACCAAAAUAAUAGGAAGCAAGAUAAAACAAAACUUUUUAAUCUCAAAUAUUUUCAUAAGAGGUUGUUCAAAAUGCACCACCACCUGCUCGUUCGAAUCAAACAUUUGAGAAUUCAUAACAAGAAGUGAAAAGAUAUUAAAAAAAAAAUAAUGAUAAUCGACAAGCUGAUCACGGAAAGGAUUUCUUAUUUGGGAAGAGUGAUUUUGAUGAAUAUAAAUCAUUAAAGAGAGCAGCCACUCUAAGUGAAUUCAAACCAAAACUAAAUUAUGACCCCUAAAAUAGAAGAAAUAAAGAACUCUAUGGCAAUGAAAUAGCUCGCGAACAUCUACCUACUAAGGAAGUCAAUUUAGAAACUUCCAGUCCUUAAAAAACUAAAAAAUAAUUAUAAUAACAAUAAGAAUAGAAUCCAUCCAAUAGAAAAUAGAUGGAAAACCAAUCAAGUGUUUUUGGAGAUUCUCAAACUAAGGUUGUGUAGAAUCAAAAAGUAGAAAAACUGACUGCAUCCACAUAAAAAUGGAGUACUGUUGGAGGACAGAGCAAUAACUAAGUCAAAGAGUUUGAUCCAGAAACAUAUGCUAAGAAUAGAAAGGAAGCAGAAUUAUAAUCAAGUGUAUUCGGAGAAUAGGCAGUAAAGGUUUAACCAGUUGAAAUACCAGAAUAAUAGGAAGAAUCUGAAACAUAAUAAGCUUAAUAAUAAUAGUAAUAAAAAGUCUAAAAGCCAAAAGAAAGACUAAUUCCUAACAAUUAAACAUGGUAAUAGACUGAUUCAGUUAAAAAUAAAAGAGAUUUUGAUCCAACCCAAUCCUAAGUCAAAGAUGAUGUAGAGGCAUCUUAAAAGAAAAUGGAUGCACUAAAGUCAGCAUUGGAUACUCAUUAAUUUGAAGCUUAAUAAAUUCCAGCAAACUAAAAAAUAUCAAACAAAAAUCUUAAAUAAAAAAAGGACAUUAUUCAAAGGGAGGAGAAAUAACCAAAAGAAAAAACAAAAGCAUAAGCUAAGAAAAAAUGAUUUAUUUAUAUCAUAGCAAUAUAAUAUUGGGAAUAUUUUA